GUAUCCACGUCACUUUCGGAAUCGUCGAGUGAGAUGAUGAGCAAAUCAAAACACAAACAUUUUCGUUGUGCAUCAGUCGUUGAAAGCGAACAUAGUAAAGUGCAUCUUUUGAUUUAAUUUGUUACCUACAUUCCAAUCGGCCAGCAGACAACAUCAUGACUAAAUUAAUGGAAUGGCUGGCGGCUGCUGCGGCAUUUUUCGGCGUUUAUUUUGCCAUUGUUUACCGCCAAGUUCAGCAUGAUUUGUUCGACCAGUAUAUGCUGGAGAUCAGGUGGUCCCCGGUGAUCUUGGUGCUACUAUUUGGGAUGUACUCGGCGUUUGUGGUGCUAUAUCGUACUUUCACCUUCAACAAUUGUGAAGAAGCGGCCAAGGAACUGCUAGAACAGAUUAAGGAAGCCAAGGCAGAUCUUCGGAGUAAAGGAAUGACGCUUAGUGAUUAGUCUUUGUAUGAUCGUGCGUAGCUCGUAAGUUAAGUUUGAAUAAAUGUUAAAAAUUCUAUCGAAUCA